AUGGCCCGCCCUAAGAAGGAACAGAAGGCUGCCGUCGCCGCGGUCCCGACGCCAGCACCACCACAGCUUUUGCCCCAAGUCCCUGCUCCCGCUGCAUCGCAGGUCCUGCCCGACAACUCGUCGGCCACACUCGUCAUUAACCGCGCCGAGUACGCAAGACUGAGAGACUCUGUUCACUCCCGCUUGUCUACCAUCCAGGAGCUGCUGAGGGAUUUCGCAGCUGACUACCUGCGCCAAAGCAACUUGCUUGUUGGCGAGCCCACUUCCCUGGAGAACAUCCCUAGCCUUGGUGCUCUUGCCAGACUCGAUGGAGCCUCUCUUGGUUUUGCGCCGCCGCCUACUGAGGCUCUCCCCGCUGCCGAGGAGAAGAAGGAGCGCAAGAAGCGCCAGCAUGACCCCAAUGCCCCCAAGAGGCCCCUGACUCCUUACUUCCUCUACAUGCAAACCGCUCGCCCCAUCAUUGCAAAUGACCUGGGUGCCGAUGCUCCCAAGGGCGCCGUUCAGGAAGAGGGACAAAGGCGCUGGGCGGCCAUGGGUCCCGAUGACAAGAAUGCCUGGAACAAUGCUUACCAGUUCAACCUGCGUCUCUACAACGCCCGUGUUGCCUCCUACAAGGCUGGUAACUUGACUGCCAGGGAUAUGAGCGACCAAGAGGCUCUCACUUAUGCUGAUGCCAACCAACUUCCUCAGCCUAACCUCGCUGGCGUCGACCCCGCUGCCGGAGGUAUCGGAGGCAACGAUCAGGAUGCCAUCGUUGAGCAGCUCCAGAUGUCUGCCCCCGUCGCUGUCGCUGCUGUCCCUGAGGAGAUGACCAAGACCCCCAAGCCCAAGCCCAGCAGAAAGCGCAAGAGUACCGCUGCCGACGGAGAGGACGUCGAGGCUAGUGCCGCUAAGACCGCCACGCCCGCCAGUCCCGAGAAGAAGCGCAAGCGCCAGUCCAAGGUUGCAGAGCCUGCGUCGGAGGAGCCUAAGAAGUCCGCCCGCAAGAAGAAGAACUAA